AUGGUAGAAGAGGGUAUGUUGUGGGAACUUUUCAAGGUGGUGAAGCAGGGCUUGGUGGCAUCAGCAGAAGUUCAGGCAGAGAGGUGGCUGGAGGAGGCCUUGGGUGGUGUUAGCAGAGGCAUCGAAGAGGUUCGUGUCAACACCAACCUGCUGAGGCCAAUACAAGUACAAGUUGACCCUGAGUUCCAGAGAAUGCGGUCAGAUGAGAAAGAGCAGAUUAAGACUCUCAACAACAAAUUUGCAUCAUUCAUCGAUAAGGUUCAAUGUCUUGAGCGUCAGAACCAGGCUCUGAUGGCCAAAUGGGAACUUCUGCAGCAGCAAAGUGCCCGACCAGAGGAGAGCAGAAAUAUCACCUCUUUCUUCCAGUCUUACAUCAGCAACCUGCAGAGGCAGCUAGAAACGCUCCAGAACCAGAAGGAGCAGCUGGAUCCAGAAGCAUACAAUAUACUUCAGCUUGUUGAAGAUUAUAAAAAGAGAUUCGAGGAUGAGAUCAACAAACGCGCCUCUAAAGAAGAAGAGUUUGUGGAGCUUAAGAAGGAACUGGACAAUGCCUACAUGGGAAAAAUGGAGUUUGAAGUUCGGGUUGAAAUACUGAAGCAGCAGCUUGAGUUCCUCAGAUGCUUACAUGAAGCUGAGCUGUCCCAGCUGCAAACAGUAGCUGGCAACACCAAUGUUGUUCUGGCCAUGGACAACAAUAGGGAGCUGAACAUGGAUGGCAUCAUUGAAGAAGUCAGGCAAGAGUAUGAGACAAUUGCUCAGAGAAGCAAAGCUGAAGUAGAUGACAUGUAUCAAGGCAGGUACCAGGAUCUUCAGAACAAGUGGGAAACUCAACGUGAGCAGCUGAGGAAGAGUUACCAGGAAAUCCAGGAACUUGCCAGGCAAAUUCAAAGACUACAACCAGAAAUUGAAGUUGCAAGGAAGAAGAAUGACAACCUCCAUAAGACCAUUAAAGAUGCUGAGCAGCGUGGGAGCUCUGCUGUCAAAGAUGGCCAGCAAAAGCUUCAGGACCUGGAAAAUGUCCUGCAGGAGGCAAAGGUUAAACUUGCUCAGCUUCUUCAUGAUUAUCAAGAGCUCCUGAAUGUGAAAUUGGCCCUGGAUGUUGAAAUUGCCAUGUAUAGAUCACUCCUUGAGGAGGAGGAAACCAGGUAG